AUGCAGCUAUUUGGAGUAGACGCGGGUCCGCAAUGCGUGCCGCUCCGCGUGUACAAGGUCUGGCUGCCGAACCACCCUCAGUCCAGCGUCUUCCAUGUCAUCUACAAGGUUUCCGUCAAGUCUGACGUCAAGAAGAGAACGAAAAACAAAACUAAUACACGCAACCGCAUCCAAUGGCUUACCAUGGUAGAGCUGGAGCGUCAGCGCGCGCACGCCAUGCUGCGAAGUCCAGAAGUAGUGAUCUUCGCGCUCAUGAGUAUCGGGACCGUUUUAAAAUUUAGGGAAACUGAAAGCGGACACCUGGUGGAAAUCUGCGAAGACAACGUGAUAGUCGGUACCGAUGUGGCCGGUGGCGCUGUGGUACUCACCUCUCCAAAUUACCAGCUGCUUCAGGCUGCCAACUAUGGGCAUGACGAUCAGCUGCGCUUGUAUCAAGAAUUCGUUUUAAUGGUGUACCCUGCAAUGUUCAUGAGCCAGAACGUCUUCACGCAGUUCAUGGUCGAAUUGGGCUGGCAAAGGUCUCAGUGUAUCAGUUUAUUUCGUUCAGCUGACGUGACGGGCAGAGGAGGUCUGUCCUUCCAAGAGUUUAUGCUCUGGUCUGCGGCCUUGGAACCACACACUACUCACGGCGGUGUACCGGCCGAAAUACGUUGCAGAUACAUUUUCAGGUACUUUGACAGCAAUCGAGACGGUAAGCUGGAGUACGUUGAGUUCAAGGAGCUGGUGGGGGCGACCCGAGCAGCGCGCCAGCUCCCCGGGGACGCGCUCAGUCUCGCCAGGGACGCCGACCUCUGUCUCAGGCAGUUAGGAAUGCAACCGAAUUCCCAGUUGCCGCUUGCUGACUUCCUGCGAGGUGUUGGCGAUCUCCUCCUUCGCGGGACCAGCUCCUUACUCCGAUCUCCGAGGAGUAUAGCGGGAUAUAUAAUGGAUUUGCACGCAAGAGAAAAUGAUAUAAACCAAUCGAAUACCCCUUCCGCGUCCAAAGUGCCGGCGACCCCCACCGAAGUUGCAGUAACAACAGGCUCUAAGUUUAUCGACAUGGCUCGGCAUUCAGCCGCGAUUGCACACCGAGCUCGUCCUAACGCCGUCGACCACUGUCUAGCCUCGUACACUGUCGUCCUGCGUCGGAAUCAGCCGGUUGAGAUUCAACGGCUUAGUGGAUUUGAUGAAGAUGCAGCGAGCUCAUCUACCACACGCCUGAUCAGCGGCCCGUCUCGCUCCUACGAGAUGUUGAAUUCUACUUCACUGCCUUCUGAAGCGUUAGCCGCUGUACACUACUUCGCUUCUUCGAUCGAGAAACCAGUGCAGAAACGCAAUUCAGUAAGUGGGACUAUACAGAAGCCGGCGUGGUCGUGGGUGUCUCCGGCGGAGGAGACGUCGCUGGGUUCCAUGUUGCUGAAGCUAGCGGUGGCAGUUUUGCCGAUUUGCGCUUCGGAACCAAGGCUGUUAAGGAUACAGUCGCCAGUUUAUAUUUUAGGAGAUCUCCACGGAAAUCUGACUGCAUUAUUAGAACUGGAGCGAGUUCUUUGGCCUUCGGAAGCAGGACUAUGGCCUAGGGUGCUGAUUCUCGGUGACUACGUAGACCGCGGUCAGUUUGGUACCGAGCUGGUGGCGUGGUUGUUCGCCAGUAAACUCCAGCGGCCUGAUGCUAUCCUGCUUCUACGAGGGAAUCACGAAACAAGGGAUAUACAGAAGAUGUUUACAUUCUACAACGAAUGCGUCGCAAAAUACGGCGAAGUGGAAGGUGUUAGAAUAUGGAAUGCGAUUAACAACGUUUUUGAUGUUCUGCCUUUGGCUGCUGUGGUUGAUGACAAGGUCUUCUGCUGCCACGGAGGUAUUCCUCCUCCAUGGGUGUGUCCACUGAUCACAGCUAUUGAAAAGAUACCUACACCGUUGCCGAAGCCGGCUGAACAAAGUUCACUUGCUUGGGAACUUCUUUGGAAUGAUCCUGUUAGACAAGGCAAAAUAACGGCCAGCUUAGCGCUAGAGUUGUCAGCCAACGAGGGCUUUGCCGCCAACGCCAAGCGCGGCACGGGACACGUCUUCGAUAGUGCUGCGCUCGACCGGUUCCUGGCGGCCAACUUGCUGUCGCACGUCGUCAGGGCGCACGAGAUGUACAACCACGGCUUUAUGUGUCAAAUGCACGGUCGUUUAAUAUCAGUGUUUUCAUCCUCGCAUUACUGCGGAGGGAAGAACGACGCUGGUGCGGUACUAAUAGACGCCGGAAAACUUAGGAUGAUCAAGGUCAGCGUUGACUAAUCUCGUCCGCGGCUCAGUGUUGCCCGAUCAGACUAAAAUGUUACCGUUUUAUUACGAGCCUAUUGUAAUCGUGAAAAAUAAAAGUCAAGAAACUCUUAAAUCGAGAGGGCAAAAAUGAAAAUGAAAAAGACAAAAUGCUACGUCUAAAAUCUGUAUUUUUUGUACUGAAAUGUGUUUUUUAUAUUCUAAUAAAACAACCAAAAUAGACAUAUCAUUUCUUUAUUUAUGUCUUGACUUAAAAAAAUUGUUCGAUUGUCCACGCCUUCUUACAAUCCAUUCAUCAAAGUUUUUGAUUAUUUUAUAUUAUAACUUAUGUAUGUAUUUACUAACUUUAUAUAAUACACAUUUACUUAAACAACUAUGUUUUUAAUCGUGACAAGACAAACAGAAAUGCAUCGUAGGGCCCAACACAAACUUAGGAAUGUAUUUAUUUUAUUUUGGAGAAGCUAAUUUAAUCGUUAAUUUUUUACAAAAAGAUAAUAAUUUGGUUAUUUUAAAAUGUUUCACACCUUUUUAAUGGCAAAAGGUCCAUUGAAAAGGCACAAACUUUGUAAGAUUUCAAGCGCCACACAUUCGUAAUGCAAUUACAUUUAAAAUUUAAUCUUUAUGUAGUCAGUGAGGGUCAGAUAUGCGUGUGGUGAAAAAAAUAUCUUGAAAUUUAAUAAUUCAAUACACCAACGUCCAUAGUAUAUAUUUAUUUUUGAAACAUACUCUGAAGUGAAACAAUGGGACAAGUGUGGUUUCGGUUCAAAGCACAUCUCAGCGAUUAGCCAUCCUUACAAAUGAACGACCAUCAGAUUAAAUCGAGAGCUCGCUUUAGGCACCUCGUUACAUUUCCGUUUGUCUUCUCAUUCCGAUAAUUAUAUUUAAAUUGUGGAAAUGAAAUAAGAAUUAUACACUAUUUAUUUCAAAAGAAUACAAAAUAAGUACUUUGUAUUAGAAACUCGAUGCGACUCGGAAUUAUUACGUACUAAUUGAAUACAAAUAAACCUUAUGACAUUAAUCAGUUACGACUUGUUUCUUUGUAAAUAAAUAAACGAAAACUAGUACAUUCACACUCAGCACGGCUCUGCUUUAAUCAUAUAUUAAUAAUAUAAUUAUAUUGAUAUUUAUCGAAGCAAAACUUCUUAAUGCAUUUUCAACGAUGGGAAACCGACACAGGACACCGCGCCAAGCCAUCGCCUCCUUGGCUAUUCCCUUCAUUCCCUCCCCUCAUAUGAAUCGGUUAAGGACACAGAGGGACAUGACCCGCCGGUCCGCUGUACAACAUUGAGUAACGUUAAUAUACAAUUUAAAUAUAGGAAACUAAUUUUUUUUUCUUGUUGGGUGGAUGAGCUCGCACUCCGCACGGUACAAAGGGCGGCGUUCCCUCGCAACUACAAUACUCAGAGAGCUGGGAUUUCGACUCGACUGACAAUAAAUAUCACAAAUAGUAUUGGAUUUCGUUGAAUAGAUCCUUCUAUAAGAUAUGUAAGUUUCAGUCCGAGCUCCCUUGGCCCGGGGCGGCUCACGUGCGACUUCAGACGGAGCAUAGGGGAUCAGCUUCUCAUUAAUUGUUUGGGGUAGUAUGUUCGAAUGUAACAGUUUAACCACGCACAACGUCUUCGGUUGUAAUUACGAGCGUAAGCGUCACAGGUUUUAAAGGGACUGAAAUAAACACGCGAUAAAACCGUACGGACUUCAAAUACAGCAGAGAACUAGUCGCAGUCGAGCGACGUGCGCUGGGCCCGGCCGUGUGGAACGAGUAGCCACAUAUGACGUAAUGCGCAGAUUUGUAAGCAUCAUGUCAGAAAAUUUUAGAAUUCCAUAUUUAGUGAUUUCACAUAAAAACCACUAGUAUUCAGUAUAGAAAUAUGAAAUGGAUAUAUUACACUGCUAG